AUGACAAUCUUAAACAAUGGCGAUUGGUUGAGAAUCCCACUGAUCCUGAAAGUCUUUGGCUUUGCUAUGGUAUCAAUCACCUUCUUCUACCUCGGCAAGCACUGGUCCGAUGGGUCCCAGCAGCUCCUCUUCUUCACCACAACGCGUCGAGCCCCUUCCACCGUCUCCCUCUCACCCAAUCAAAACAAGCCUUUCAAUCUCUCCUCCCUCAUCCCCCAAGCCCAAGCCCCACCGCCAUCGCCUCCUCCUCCUUCCCCGCCUCCUCCGCCGCCACCUGAUGUGAUCCAGAGAUUCGGAAUCGUCGACGAGAAUGGCACCAUGUCUGACGAGUUCGAGGUCGGGGAUUUCGAUCCCGAUGAGGUGGUGGAGAAUUGGGGGAGUGGGAACGGGUCGGUGGCUGAGAGCGAAGCGAGUGGCACCGGUACGAUUAGUGUUAAGAGGUUCGAGCUCUGCCCGAAGAGUAUGAGCGAGUACAUACCGUGUUUGGAUAAUGUGGACGCCAUUAAGAGGCUCAAAUCGACUAAGAAUGGCGAGAGAUUCGAGCGGCAUUGUCCAGAGCCCGCUCGGGGCUUGAAUUGCUUGGUUCCGCCUCCCAAGAAUUACAAGAGCCCAAUUCCAUGGCCUAAAAGCCGCGACGAGGUUUGGUUCAACAAUGUACCUCAUACUCGUCUAGUCGAAGAUAAAGGGGGUCAGAACUGGAUUACACGACAGAAGAACAAGUUUAAGUUUCCUGGAGGUGGUACACAGUUUAUACAUGGAGCAAAUGAAUACUUGGAUCAUAUUUCUAAGGUGGUCCCUGACAUCACCUUUGGUCAACAUAUCCGAGUUGUUUUGGAUGUUGGAUGUGGUGUUGCAAGUUUUGGUGCGUAUCUGCUGUCACGAAAUGUAGUUACCAUGUCAAUUGCACCUAAAGACGUCCAUGAGAACCAGAUUCAAUUUGCUCUUGAGCGUGGUGUUCCUGCAAUGAUAGCAGCAUUUGCAACUCACCGUUUGUUGUACCCAAGCCAGGCAUUUGACUUGAUACAUUGCUCACGAUGCAGGAUUAAUUGGACUCGUGAUGAUGGGAUAUUGCUGCUCGAGGUUAAUAGGAUGCUCAGGGCAGGUGGAUACUUUGUUUGGGCAGCACAGCCAGUUUAUAAGCAUGAAGAUGUUCUAGAGGAGCAGUGGCAAGAAAUGCUUAACCUCACCACACGCCUUUGCUGGGAGUUUGUGAAGAAGGAUGGCUAUAUUGCAAUAUGGAAAAAGCCUUUAAACAACAGCUGCUAUCUAAAUCGGGACCCAGGAACCAAACCUCCAUUGUGUGAUCCAAGUGAUGACCCAGACAAAGUUUGGUAUGUUGAUCUGAAGGCAUGCAUCACAAGACUCCCUGAAAAUGGUUAUGGAGCAAAUGUCACAAAAUGGCCAGACCGUUUGCAAACUCCCCCUGAUAGGCUUCAGAGCAUACAAUUUGAUGCCUAUAUAUCCAGAAAAGAGCUCUUCAGGGCAGAAUCUAGAUAUUGGCAUGAAAUAAUUGAAAGUUAUGUUCGUGUUUUACAUUGGAAGAAGAUUAGAUUAAGAAAUGCAAUGGACAUGAGAGCUGGCUUUGGAGGAUUUGCAGCUGCACUAAUUGAACAAAAUUUGAACUCUUGGGUUAUGAAUGUGGUUCCUGUUAGCGGCCCGAACACCUUACCAGUUAUAUAUGACCGUGGACUUAUUGGAGUUAUGCAUGACUGGUGUGAACCAUUUGAUACAUACCCACGAACCUAUGAUUUAUUGCAUGCAGCCGGCCUCUUCUCAAUUGAGAAAAAAAGAUGCAAUAUCUCGACAAUCAUGCUGGAGAUGGACCGAAUGCUAAGACCCGGUGGACGUGUAUACAUCCGUGACUCUCUUGCUGUCAUGGAUGAACUUCAAGCGAUCGGAAACGCCAUGGGUUGGCACAUCAAUUUGCGAGACACAUCUGAGGGGCCUCAUGCAAGUUAUAGACUCAUUAUUGCUGAUAAACGCCUCUUGACUAGUUGA